AUGCCUCCUCCACCUCCACCGCCGCCUCCGAUGCCUGCGAUGGGCGGCCCUCCCCCCCCUCCUCCACCUCCAGGAGGUCCUCCCGGAGCUGGCAAUCUGCCUGCGAGACCACCGGCAGGAGCAAACAGAGGCGCUCUCCUCUCCGAUAUCACGAAAGGCAGGUCUCUCAAGAAAGCCGUUACGAACGACAGAUCCGCGCCAGUAGUUGGGAAUACGUCGGGCGGCGGUUCCUCCGGAGCACCGCCUCCAGGAGGUGCGCCGCCAGUCCCAGGCUUUGGCGGUGCUCCUAAACCUCCCGGCGGCCUCGCUCCUCCGGUGCCCGGAAAUCGAGCUAGAAGCAACAGCGACCAGAGUGGGCGAGAAAGCACGCCUGCGCCGCCCAUGCAAUCGGCACCACAACUAGGCGGGCUCUUUGCAGGAGGUAUGCCGAAGCUGCGCAAGACUCGUGGCGCCGUCGAUACCGGUGCUUCUAUGGACUCGUCGUAUCUGUCGGAUCCCGAGAGCAACGUGCGGUCGUCUUCUGCGCCCAAGCCACCUACGUUCGGAGCACCAAAACCUCCUGGCGGUGCGGCGCCGGCCCCACCAGGAAGGCCGCCUCUACCUCCUCCCAACGCCGCGCCGGCACUACCACCAUCUAUUGCUAACUUGCGCAAAACACCCAGCGACCUACCCCGGCCAGGCUCGUCAGCAUCGAUGAAAGGGCCUCCACCUCCUAUAGGCAAGAAGCCGCCGCCACUACCAGCAUCCCGGAAGCCCUCUACUACGCCCAGUCAUCCUCCUCCGUUAUCCGGAUCGCCAGCUCCUGGAGGUCCCCCUCCACCGCCUCCAUCAUCUGUUGCAGCGCCUCCGUUCGCACCCCCCUCAGCGCCGCCACCCCCCCCUGCUGCUGCCGCUCCUAGAGCUCCAGCACCGUCGCCUCCUUCACGGUCCCCAGCACCUCCACCUCCCCCACCGGCCUCAAACGGGCCUUCGCCGCUGGCAAUGCAAGCCGCCUUACGAGCAGCCGGACAAGCAUCUCCAAGUGCUGCUCCCCCGCCUCCCCCCUCAGUGGCUCCCUCACCACCGGCCUCUGCGCCUCCCCCGCCAGCAGCACCCCCUACGAGGGCUCGUGCCGGAUCUGGUCUACGGUCUUCUAUGCUAGACCCUAGCGCCUUCACUCUUGCUCCCAACGGUGCAAAGACCCCAAAUCUUACUCGAACGAACACAAUGAGUAGUCUCCAUGUUGGAGGUGGGGGCCAGCGAUACAUUGUACAAGAUCCUCGAUGGAAGUUCCAGGACGAUGCCAUGCUACCAAAGCCAAGGGACUUUGUUGGCGGUCCCCGACGCUACAGAGCUGGCAGAGGUAGCAGUGUUCCCCUCGAUCUGAGCGCACUGUCAGAAGCGGGCUAG